AUGGGGUUGGGGAAUCGGGCAACGCUGUACGCUUUCUGGCUGUCUUCGUGCUCUUGGCGGGUCCGCGCCGGCUUGCAAUUUAAGGGUAUACCAUUUGACGAGGAGAACGUGGACAUAGUUCGCGAGAAGCGCCAUCUCACGGAGCAGUUCCGCACUAUCAAUCCAGCACAGAAAGUUCCCGCCCUUGUCAUAGAUGGCACCACCAUUAUCGAGUCGAUGGCAAUUCUACAGUACUUGGAAGAUACACGCCCGGAACCUACGUUGAUGCCCAACACUCCGCUUCUUAGGGCCCGUAUGCGAGAGAUUUGCGAAACUAUCGUCUCUGGCAUACAACCGUUGCAAAAUGUGGGUCUUCGAAGUCGUCUGGGAUCAAAGGAGCAAUUCCAGAGUUUCACGAAAUACUGGACGGAGCGAGGAUUGCAAACAGUUGAAGACCAGCUAAAGUCCACAUCCGGCCACUACUGCGUCGGAGAUCAAAUAACAAUGGCCGAUCUGUGCCUGGUUCCACAGGUGUACAAUGCUAUUAAUAGGUUCAAUCUGGACUUGAAGCAGCACCCAACCAUUCAUAAGCUGUUUGAAAAUUUGCUGAAGGAAGACAUCUUCUUGAAGACACACCCCGAAAAUAUUAAACACAGAAUGAUUAAAAAUGUUGAA